CUGCCACUGCCACUGCCACUGCCGCUGCGUCAAUCCUCUGACGCUCGCAGAUCCUGUCACGAUCACACACCAGGCCAGCUCGGGCUUAACCCUCGUGGCCCAACUGCGCCCAAAAGGCCAUCCCCUUCUAAUCUCGACUGCAACCUCGAAAUAUCUUCCACAAUUCCUCCAUUAUCGGAAGCUGGCCCUGCAAGGGGACCAGGCUCUCAAUACUCCAAUAACCUGUUGGCCGCAAACGCUGCCGUCUUCGCCAUGAUGAAUGGCACCGACCUCAAGAAAGCCGCCAUCAGCCAGGCCAAGAAGGUUGCGACGACCGCCGCGCUGGCAGCAAACGGAAAUGGUCAAAAGAAACGGCGGAAAGGCGACAACCUCAAGCCCAUCAUCACAAGCGAGAACGCGACUGCGUCGAGUCUUCACGAUAGCCCCACUCCCGCAGACCCAGACGCCAUGGAUUCGCCUCUGCCUCACGCGAAGGUCCCUGCAAAUAACUCACAUAUUGACAGAUCCCCUUCAUCUUCCACCUCCGAAGACGACCCCGCCGAGACCACUGCGGACGAAGAAGACUCCGAAGAUUACUGCAAGGGCGGGUAUCAUCCCGUCCAUGUUGGCGAAACAUACAACAAUGGCAAAUACGUGGUGGUGCGGAAGUUGGGUUGGGGUCAUUUCUCCACGGUCUGGCUUUCAAGAGAUACGACGACGGGCAAACAUGUCGCCCUCAAGGUAGUUAGAUCCGCGGCGCACUACACAGAAACCGCUAUCGACGAGAUCAAAUUAUUAAACAAGGUCGUUCAAGCAAACCCAAAUCAUCCUGGUCGGAGAUAUGUCGUCAGCCUCCUCGACUCCUUCGAGCACAAGGGUCCCAAUGGUGUCCAUGUUUGUAUGGUCUUUGAGGUCUUGGGAGAAAAUCUGCUGGGCCUCAUCAAGAGAUGGAACCACCGGGGGAUUCCGAUGCCUUUGGUCAAACAGAUCACUAAACAAGUCCUGCUGGGGCUGGAUUACCUACACCGUGAAUGUGGAAUCAUUCACACUGAUUUGAAGCCUGAAAAUGUCCUGAUUGAGAUUGGCGACGUCGAACAAAUUGUCAAAGCAUUUGUGAAAGACGAGAAAGAAUCGACAAAAGACGACAACAGAAACGGAAGGAGACGAAGACGGACUCUGAUCACCGGAAGUCAACCUCUCCCCAGUCCGCUUAACGCCAGCUUCACGAAUCUGGAUAAACUGGGGGCCCACCAUCAUCCGCCUAGCAGUCUGAACCAAGUCAUUAAUGACUCGGUCACAAACAAGUCAGCAGAUGGUCUCUCAAUGAUUGAGCAACUGAAGCUGAAAGCGAAAGAGAACAAGGCGAACGAGGAACAGCCUGUCGGUGAGAAGGGGAGAGAAGGGACGACGGAUCCUCUGGAAAAGGACUUGGCUGGGGUUUCGCUCGACAAUAAGAAGUCGUCGGAUGUCGACAAAGUGUUGAAGGCGGCCAAGAACGAGGACGAACCUCUAGGUGAGAUUAUUUCUGUCAAGAUCGCAGACUUGGGAAAUGCUUGCUGGGUGGGCCAUCAUUUCACAAACGAUAUUCAGACUCGGCAAUAUCGGUCGCCCGAGGUGAUACUGGGCGCCAAAUGGGGUGCAAGUACGGAUGUGUGGAGCAUGGCAUGCAUGGUAUUUGAACUGAUAACCGGCGACUACCUCUUCGAUCCGCAAUCUGGCACCAAAUAUGGCAAAGACGACGAUCACAUCGCGCAGAUAAUCGAACUGCUCGGCCCGUUUCCGAAAUCCUUGUGCCUGUCGGGGAAAUGGUCACAAGAGAUCUUCAACCGUAAAGGCGAGCUGCGCAACAUCCAUCGACUACGGCAUUGGGCCCUACCGGACGUGCUGCGGGAGAAAUAUCAUUUCUCGGUGGAAGAGGCCAAGCGGAUCAGUGAUUUUUUGACCCCGAUGCUCGAAUUACCGCCCGAAGCCCGUGCAAAUGCGGGUGGAAUGUCGAAUUCGGAAUUCCUGAAGGGCGUCAAAGGCAUGGAGAACGUCAAUGUUGAUGUCGCUGUUGGGUCCAAAGGCGAAGGGAUUGAAGGAUGGGCGUGUGAAGUUAAAAAGCGGUGAUCCGGACCUGGGCUUGUAUGCCAUGGAUCAGGGGACCGAGGCUUUGGCAAAGAUUGCCGGGGUGGCAAUGAUGUGAUUUGUAUCAGAUUUUGGCACGCACUCGGGGUGCUUCUCAUCUGACGGUGUCUUGUGAAUGAAUGCGAAUGAAUCAAGCACGAUCGCUGGACCAAGAAAUGAGGCGCAAAUACACGGUUUCACGUACAGAAUAAAUGACUUCUCUGGCGGGCUGGAUGGCUUGUCUGGCUGCUUUAUGACGACUCGGAUACAAC